UCCUUCCUUGCUCAUCGUCGGCUUUAACGUCGCCGUCAUCCUCAUCGGUCGAACGCCUCGCCAGAGAGAGAGAUUGACAAAGAUCUGAACUCAAUCUGCUGUUAGAGGCAGGCAACGAUUUGCGAUUUGCGAUUCCGUUCAUCGACGUUAUCUGUGUUCAAAUUUGAAACCCUAGCUGUAACCAGUGCCCUAGAUUCUGGUCGAAAAGCUAUCGAGAAAAUGGUGGGCGCAUCGCUGACGGGAUUGCAAGAUCAUCUCAAGUUAGCCAGAGAGUAUGCCCUCGAAGGUCUAUACGACACUUCCAUCAUCUUCUUCGAUGGUGCCAUCGCUCAGAUCAACAAACAUCUAAACACACUUGACGAUCCUUUAAUCCGUUCAAAAUGGAUGAAUGCUAAGAAAGCUCUUUCAGAAGAGAUAGAGGUUGUGAAGCAGUUAGAUGCAGAGAGAAGAUCUUUCAAGGAAACUCCAAUUGGAAAACGACAUCCUUCACCUCCAAUUUCUACUAAAUCCUCCUUUGUUUUCCAACCAUUAGAGGAAUACCCAACAUCAUCUGGUGCUCCAAAUGAUGAUCAUGAUAUAUGGAGACCACCUAAUCGAUCUGGUGGUCCAGUUGAUGAUCCUGAUGUAUGGAGACCGCCUAAUCGAUCUGGUGGUCCAGUUGAUGAUCCUGAUGUAUGGAGACCACCUAGUCGGGAUAAUAGAAGAGCUGGAAGAGGAGGUCAGAUGCGAAAAUCUCCUCAAGAUGGAGCUUGGGCUCGUGGUGCCACCGCCAGAUCCACAGCUGCUGUUCGAGGAGCAAAGGCUGGUAGUGCUCCUACCAAAUCUAGUUCUGGAUCUCGGGCUUCCACUGCUGGGAAGAAGGCUGUCGGCUCUGGAAAAUCUGGGAAGGCAGAUUCGGCGAAUCUUGAGACUGAAGAUGGAAAAUCCAAACGAGGACAAUAUGAAGGUCCUGAUGCUGACUUAGCUGCAAUGCUCGAAAGGGAUGUUUUGGAUUCAACCCCGGGAGUGAGAUGGGAUGAUGUUGCUGGGUUAACUGAGGCUAAACGGCUUCUAGAAGAAGCUGUCGUUCUUCCUUUAUGGAUGCCUGAAUAUUUUCAGGGGAUUAGACGACCAUGGAAAGGUGUGCUUAUGUUUGGACCACCUGGAACUGGAAAGACACUUCUUGCUAAAGCGGUUGCUACAGAAUGUGGUACAACAUUCUUCAAUGUUUCAUCAGCUACUUUGGCUUCUAAAUGGCGUGGAGAAAGUGAGCGUAUGGUCCGAUGCUUGUUUGAUCUAGCAAGAGCCUAUGCGCCCAGCACUAUAUUUAUUGACGAGAUUGACUCACUUUGCAAUGCUCGAGGGGCUUCAGGGGAACAUGAAUCAUCAAGAAGGGUGAAAUCUGAACUUCUUGUUCAGGUAGAUGGAGUAAAUGCUAGUUCCCCUGGUGAAGAUGGAACUCGUAAACUUGUCAUGGUUCUAGCUGCUACCAAUUUUCCAUGGGACAUUGACGAAGCAUUAAGGAGGCGUCUAGAGAAAAGAAUAUAUAUCCCACUUCCAAAUUUUGAGAGUCGCAAGGAACUUAUAAAGAUCAACGUGAGAACGGUUGAGGUGUCAAGUGAUGUGGAUAUUGAUGAAGUGGCUCGUCAGACAGAAGGGUACAGUGGAGACGAUCUGACAAAUGUUUGUCGAGAUGCAUCUUUGAAUGGAAUGAGGCGUAAAAUAGCUGGGAAGACUCGAGAUGAAAUAAAGAACAUGUCCAAGGAUGAGAUUUCUAAUGACCCUAUUGCCAUGUGUGAUUUUCUUGAAGCAAUUGCCAAGGUUCAAACCAGCGUCUCUGCAACUGAUAUCGAGAGACACGAGAAAUGGUUCCAAGAAUUCGGAUCCGCAUGACCCCUUUCAGUUUGGUUUGGUUUGGUUUGGUUUGGUUUGGUUAGGUUCUCACAUUAUUAUAAUCAUCAUCAGCAUCUUGCUUUGCCUUAUCUGUUUGUUGUUUGUUUUACUAACUAUGUUAAAUUGUAUGUUCUGUUGAUUUGAGCAUGUUGUCUAUUAUCAAUGACUUUAUAAAUUAGGAUUUUUUCCUCUUUU